AUGAACUACAUCAAAAAGAAGAUAGCUGUUGGACUACAUGUGCCUCGACUCGCUGAAAAGGCCAGAGAAAAGGGCAUCGAGCAAUUGAGUAUCCUAGAAAAGAAGCAUCCUUACUUUGAUCAGACCUUACCACCAAGGAGAAUGACUGAAAAUCAGCGCAAGAAGCUCCUGAAGAAGAUCAGUAGAAUAGCAAACAGUCUAGACAAUGCAAUUCCAUACUCGCCUAUACCUAUUGGCAUUGAUACGAUCUUGGGUUUCAUUCCUAUCAUUGGAGGUGUAUUAGGGUGGUUUUUGUCCUUGUACCAGAUCUACCUGUCCACUACAUUUGGCAUACCUCUCUGGCUUAUGAUGCGCAUGAUGUAUAACAUUACGGUCGAUUUCAUGUUCACAUUUAUACCUGUACUAGGCGGAUUUCUGCACAUGUUCUACAAGGCCAAUCUUUACAAUUACGAGGAAAUGUGUAACUGGUAUGACAAUCCCAGCGACGAGUACAGCCAACGUGUCAAAGCAGGUGAGCGUAGACCAAGUGCAGCUGGACCACCGCCAGGCGAAAUUACCUGGACCCAAUUAGGAAAGGAUCUCGCUCACUUGGUCACUCAAAGUAUAAAUACCACAAGAAAAAGUGUGAUUGAACAAAGAAACAACAGCAAGAAGAAGCCUGAAUAA